CCGGCGUUCAUCGAUCAUUCGGCAAGCAGCCGAGAGACUGUAUAAAAGCGUUGGGCCUACCAACUUGAAGCAUCAGUUUAGGUUGACUCUUCAGAUCUAGUGCACUUGGAAAAGCAUACAAGAUGGCGUUCAAAUUUGUAGCCCUUUUCGCUGUUCUGGCUGUAGCAAGUGCCGGAGUGAUUCCCGUCGAGCAAAUUCAUACAUCGUAUCAGCCAGCUUCCUACUCUACUCACUUGGCCCAGCCAGCAGCUAUCGUCAAAACAAUUGCACAGCCCACGAUCGUGAAAACCAUUGCUCAACCGACCCUCGUAAAACACAUCGAUGAAGAUCACGAUGCACAGUACGAUUUCUCCUACGGUGUUCACGAUGACCAUACCGGCGACAUCAAGGAGCAGCGUGAAUCUCGCCAUGGUGAUCAAGUGCACGGUCAAUACAGUCUGAUCGACUCGGAUGGACACAAGCGUACCGUCGAGUACACCGCCGAUGACCACAAUGGUUUCAACGCGGUCGUCCAUCGCGAACCAACCGAUAUCAAGAUCCCGCAGCCAAUUGUUCAGAAAGUCAUCGCCCAACCAGCCAUUGCCAAAGUUAUCGCUCAGCCAGCUAAAAUUAUUGCUGCCCAGCCAACGUACUACAGCCAACCAGCUCCAGCUGUUGUCAAAACCGUCGGUCUCUCUCAUUACUAAUUUUGAAAGGGGCAUAGAUGUUACAGGACGCUGAUUCAAACUACCAGUUUCAAAGUGCACUUUUACUCUUUCUCUAUCUCAUUAUCAUCCUUGUUACACGACAUUUAUCUUUAACGCUCAUAGGUUAAACAGUACAAAUACAAGUGACAUGUUUUAAGACAAAA